AUGGUGGUGUUUUACAAUGAGGUGGAGAUCGAGGACUUCCAGUACGAUGAAGACUCGGAGACGUACUUCUACCCCUGCCCUUGUGGGGACAACUUCUCCAUCACCAAGGAAGACCUGGAGAAUGGCGAAGACGUGGCAACGUGUCCCAGCUGCUCUCUCAUUAUAAAAGUGAUCUAUGACAAAGAUCAGUUUAUGUGUGGAGAAUCAGUCCCAGCCCCUUCAACCAACAAAGAAUUAGUUAAAUGCUGAGGAAGCCUUCAGAAACCCAGAUUCUGAACAGCUGUGAAUGAACCAAGACGGAAAUGGCAAAUGUGACAUUACUGACUGUUUCCCUGGGACAGCCUUGCUGUGGUUUGCUGUGCCGUUGCGGUGUGGGUUCUUGUCAUCAACCGCCGAGUUCACCUUCAGAUAGAAGAAUGAGUUCACAACGUGACAUCCCUGGAUUUCAUGCUUAGAACUUGGAAUUGGAGUGUCCUUCAUUGUCCACUUGAAUCGAAAGGACGGUAACUUCAAGUCAGUGCUUUCUUCCCUUAGGGCCAUCAUUUUCAUACUUCAGACUGAUCACUUCAGUAUGUGGUAACAGCAUCGCCUACCUCAGUAAUUCGGAUGUAAUAAAAACAGAUUGUAUUUUUGACUUGGCUAUUAAGGUGAUUAAAAUUAGCCCUCAUUUUGAAAUUUGA